CAUUUCUCAUGAGACACAAAAGCACAUAAAUAAGUUCCACACCACCUAGUAGCAAGACAACAUCGUUUCAGGACCAAAAGUAAAUGUGUAUUUCUAGUUUGCAUUCACUUUCAUUAAUUUACUUCAAAGAUUCGUUUGUUUUUCAUGAUGGAAUGGUCUGCAACAUGCGCUACAAGGGCUUACCUUGAUGCCCUUCAACUGUGUAACAAUCAUAAAAGACUAAAUGGAUUUUGGAGAGUGCAAGAGCCUGGAAGCAAUGAAUUUCUAUCAGCAUUAGCAGCAGGGAUGAAAGCCAAACUCAUAGUGGAAGUAGCAUUCGGUGCAUCCCCAUUAACAAUAGCCCUUGCAGCCGCUGCGCGACAAACCGGGGGAAAGCUGGUCUGCAUUCUCCCGGAGCCAGUCCUUGAUGAGUCAGAAGAAGUUAUUAAGAACUCUGGGCUGAAAGACCAAGUUGAAUUCAGAACUGAAGACCCUUCUAAGCUAUUGCCUUCCUAUGAAAACAUUGAUUUCUCCCUUGUUGAUUGUAAAUAUGAAAGCUAUGGAAGGUUGCUCAGCUUGCUAGAUGUCAAUCCCGUGCGAUCGGUGGUGGUGGCAAAAAAUUUGGUUGGUGAUAGAAAAGGGUCACGAGGCUACGUGAGAACUAAGGAUGAUGAAGUAGAAGUAAGGUCUCUAAAGCAUCCUAUAGGGAAAGGCAUGGAAGUUACACUGAUUAGCAAGAAUGAUGAAACUGACAAGAUAAUUGGGGUCAGAGGCCAUGGUAAAAGAAGAAGAAGCAGGAGCAGGUGGGUUGCCAAGUUUGAUGAGGAGAGUGGUGAGGAACAUAUAUUCAGGGUACCACAAUUUGACAUGUUUUGGAAUUAAAUUGCCAUUGUGGUUUCAGCUGUAUCGCGGAAUUGCGGACAAAUGCGGGUUGAUGUGGCUGCAUUUGUGGUCCUGAUAUCAAUGUGGUGACUCCAAAAUCUGUUACGUUGAAACCAACUACUACUAGGAAAUAAUUGCAACUUUAUAGCAUGUUUAUAGUGGUGGUGGUACAUAAUCCAAAGCAUGCCAAUUUCAAAAACUACAUUUUGUUUGUAGCUUAGUGAUUAUGUUCCCACGGCUGAACCAAACACGCUAUUAGUAUAUGAAGUUGUCCAUUGGAGCAGAGCUCAUGUAUGCUUUUUAUAAAGCAGUCUUUUGAGUCUGUAUUUUAGCAUUAGUAAGAAUAAGUAUACGAAAAAUGUAUCGAAAGGUUUAUAAUAAACCGAACCUAAGAAGUGCAGGGCUUGUGUUCAUCAAA